CACCGAUUUCCGUGGAGGGGGCCUUGGGGAACAUGAUGCCUCUGUGUUUUGAGUCUAGUAAUGUCAUGAGUGGAUACGAGCGGUAUAUUGAGCUUUUCUAGUACGUUUAUUUCCUCCGAAUUGGCGUGCAUGUUAACUGCAUAUUUGCGGAGCAACUCAGGGCCAAGUGGCACGACGGUCGGUGGGCACACCAUACAUACUAUAGCCCGUCUCGGACGCCCGUAUCGGUAUAGAUCAGAUCUGGAGCACGGAAACUAGGGUGAGAUGUACAAAGUGCACGGGUACAGUCCGGCCCAUAUGUACUCGACGACCGUGUGGUGAUGCCACCCCCGCCCAUAACUGAUCUCUGCUCCAGCGUCACCCACUUUCUGACUAUACGCAGUCACCCGACUCAAGAUGCCCUCGUGUGAUCCGUCGGUGUUCGACAACCCGAAUGUCUACUGGUCGUACUGUCCUUCCAAGCCCGCUGCCAUUCUUUUCGCAAUCCUCUACGGUCUCGCAACAUGUGUCCAUAUCACCCAGACCGUCCAAUACCGCAUGCGCAAUGCUGUCAUUAUCAGCAUGGGCGCUGGGCUAGAAACUCUGGCAUUCAUCCUCCGACUAGUCGUGAUUUACAAAAUGGAUUUAUCCGCGGUCUACGAGGCACAGUUUAUACUGAUUCUGAUUGCCCCUAUGUGGAUGAAUGCGUUCGACUUUCUCCUGCUUGGAAAGCUCGUCAACUACUGCCUGCCUGAUAAGCAGAUAUGUGGAUUCCCCGCUCGGCGCGUUGGGAUUACUUUUGUAGGCUUAGAUAUCGGUAUGUUCAUUCUGCAGCUGGCGGGCGCUGCAAUCACCACAUCGGACGACAACGCUACAGUCAAUACCGGCCUCCAUAUAUACACAGCUGGGGUUGUUCUCCAGCAGUUCUUCAUUUUCUGUUUCUUUGGUCUGUCCAUCGUCUUCAAAAGCCGCCUGGCUCGCGAGUGCGAUAGCGAGAAGCAAAAACGCGUACGGCCACUGCUUUACACGAUAUACCUCUCUCUGGCCUUAAUUUCGUUCCGUGUCAUUUUCCGCAUCAUUGAAUUCGCAGGCGAUAACACGAGCAAGCUCAGCAGGACGAUCGACGGGCAUGAGGUUUACGUGUACGUUUUCGACUCAAUGCCCAUGUUUCUCGCACUCAUUAUAUUCAACCUGGUUCAUCCGGGCAAAAUCCUGGUUGGCCCAGAUGCGGAGUGGCCGAAAGUGAGCAAAGAGGAGAAGGCGGCGAAGAAGAGGGCAAAGAAGGAAGCCAAGUUGGCAGCGAGCAACAGGGACACCGAGCUACUCGGAUCAACAUCAAGUGAUGCUUAGUGUAUAAUCUUUUCUACAGAGCGAAAGGAAAGAGCUCCGAAUGUUUGCCCAAACGGGUUGAAUGUCAACCGUGGUGCAGCAAUAUGUGGUAUCACCGAACGGAUGAAACAGGCUCAGAAAAGCCCCCCAAAAAAGACGCUCAAUUCGCGUGCAAUCUUUUCUUGUCCGAGUGGCCUAUAGUCCCCAGCAUGCAAAAUAAAGGAGAAUCAUGCAUUUAGGUUAAUGGAUAACCGGCCAGUCUCAAAAGUAGUCAUUUCCGUUCUUCCGACUACAUGUCCUCGUCGCCGAAAAUUUGACAAUUAAUUGGGCGGGCUUCCAUGAUGCUAUUAUAAGAC